AUGCCACAACUUGAUACAUCCACAUGAUCAACCGUAAUCAUAACAUCCUUAGUAACCCUUUUUAUUAUUCUACAACUAAAACUAUCAUCAUUUAACCUAACCCCCACACCCUCACCAAAACAAACAAAAUUUAACAAAACACACAACCCAUGAGACAAAAAAUGAACGAAAAUCUAUUUGCCUCUUUCGCUACCCCUACACUAA